ACAAACAGGAACUUACAAACGAAGACAGGAAAACAAGGGAGUGUCAUGUGACAGUCACGUGAGCGCUACUCCUCACCAUUUCUGAAGGCUGAUGUUCAAGUUGGAGAAAGUCUCAAGAAAAGGAUGUCUUCGCCUUCUCCUUCGGUUGGCAGUCGAAGUACUCCAUCCUUUCACAUGCAGGGACACUCCGACACUGAAUCCUCUGCUGGCGAGGAAUUGCGUUUUUCUCCUGAACCAAUGGAGUCAACACAGGAGGGUACACAUUCCAUUGAAAAUCUGCGAAGUAGACGUCAUAACGACGAGGAUGACACUACCAGGCAAAGUGAAAAUCCAUCACCUGUUCAAACAAGAACUUCCAGGCAUGGUGGUCGCGGACAACGUGGUCGUGGCAGUCGUCGUGGACGUGUAGGCCAUGGUAGACAGCAAGAAUUGGACGAGGAAGAUAGGCAAUUUCUCCCAAUCAUAAACUGUGAGCUGCUAAUACAGCUAGUAGAAGCAAGGCCAGCUCUAUGGGACCAAACAGACCCCAAACACUCGGACCACAACACGACUCGUCGACAAUGGCAAGAGGUCUAUGCCAAUGUGGUUCCCACAUGGAACGAUUUGAGCCGUCAGGCUCAAAAUAAUUGUGCUGAAAUCAUAUCAACACGCUGGAGGUCAAUACGCGAUAGGUUUAUGCGUGACCUCAAUCAUGAACGAACGGCGCCAAGUGGUUCGGGUCCUUCUCGGAGGAAAGCUUACCGAUAUGCACCACAUCUUCAAUUUCUUCAACGUUGUUUUCAGCAGCGCACAGUUUUAAGUAGGCCGAGGCCACUUCGAAGACCACAUAGAGUCUUUGAGGAUCUUGCACUGAUCUUCCGAGAUUGUUUAUUAAAAAUAGAGGAGGAGCAAACUCGGUAUAAGCAAGAGUUAACUUCUAUGAUCAAUCAUGUCGAGAUUAAUUUUAAGGAUGUUUCAGAUAUGUGUGUAAUUAUUGUGCACUUAUCAGCUUUCAGAAGCCCAUACAAGCUGCUAAAUAUAGGCAGGUGGUUUGAUUUCCUCGUUCAGACAUUUAGAUUUUCAAGAAUUAACAUGAUAAUCAUAGCAGAUUGGACCCUGAAAAGAGUAAUUGGCCUUAUUAUUCAUGAUUACGUUAUCUCCAGGCCAAGGUGCUUAUGA